AGCCGCAGCCUGCCAGCCGCACUGCCUGUUCUUCUGAAAAAUCUUUGACCAAACACAGGUUUAAUAUCAUGCUGAUGUUGGGGAGGGAAGCGUGAUGAGCUCUGUCUGUGUCCCUGCAGCACCAUGAGUCUGCGAGAGAUCAAUGAGAACGUGAAGCUGGCCCGCGAGUACGCCCUGCUGGGAAACUACAGCUCGGCCAGUGUUCUCUAUCAUGGAUUGCUAGAACAAAUCAAGAAGUAUGUGUACACCAUGCGGGACAGCAGUUAUCAGCAGAGAUGGCAGCAGUUAUGGCAAGAAAUCAGUGAAGAGAAUGGACAAGUUCAGGACAUAAUGUCCACUCUGGAGAACUUCCAGCUGGACACAACACCUGCUAAACCCAGCAACCACGAAGACAAUGAAAUAAGGCCUGUGCAUGUGGAACAGCGACAUUCUCCAUGUCCUGUGAGGCGGCCAGGUAAUGCAAAUAAAGAAAGUAAAGCCCCCAACAACAGGCUGAGUGUGGCAGUGAGGGCCCAGCAGAGGCACUCCCCCCGCGGGGCCAACGGGGACAAAAGCAAACCUUCCAAGGGCAAAGAAAGGAAGGAAGUGAAAGAGGGCAGAGCAAAGGAUGAUAAGAACAAAGCUGAUGUCCAGGAGAAAGAAGUGAAGAGGUUUGACGGAACAGGGUACGACAAAGACCUGGUGGAAGCUCUGGAUCGAGAUAUUAUAUCUCAGAAUCCCAAUGUGAAGUGGGACAACAUUGCAGACUUAGAAGAUGCAAAGAAACUUUUGAAAGAAGCGGUCGUGUUGCCGAUGUGGAUGCCAGCUUUCUUCAAAGGCAUACGAAGACCAUGGAAGGGAGUGCUUAUGGUGGGACCUCCUGGCACGGGGAAAACGCUUUUGGCUAAAGCUGUUGCUACCGAGUGCAGAACCACAUUUUUCAACGUCUCCUCAUCCACUCUCACCUCCAAGUACAGAGGGGAGUCUGAGAAGCUGGUUCGCCUUCUCUUUGAAAUGGCACGUUUCUACGCUCCCACUACGAUCUUCAUCGAUGAGAUUGACUCCAUGUGCAGCCGCAGAGGAACCUCAGAGGAACACGAGGCCAGCCGCAGAGUGAAGGCGGAGCUGCUGGUGCAGAUGGACGGUGUUGGUGGAGCCUCAGAAAACGAUGAUCCAUCAAAGAUGGUGAUGGUGCUGGCUGCCACCAACUUCCCCUGGGACAUCGACGAGGCUCUGAGGCGGAGGCUGGAGAAGAGGAUCUACAUCCCGCUGCCUUCAUACGCAGGGCGGGUGGAGCUGCUCAAGAUCAACCUGAAGGAGCUGGAGGUGUCCGAGGACGUGGACCUGGAGAAGAUCGCAGAGCAGCUGGAGGGUUACUCUGGAGCCGACAUCACCAACGUGUGCAGGGAUGCCUCUCUCAUGGCCAUGAGGCGAAGAAUAGAGGGCCUAACACCAGAGGAGAUCCGGAACAUUUCACGGGAUGAAAUGCACAUGCCCACUACUAUGGAGGACUUUGAGUCUGCUCUGAAGAAAGUGUCCAAAUCUGUGUCUGCAGGCGACCUGGAGAAGUAUGAAAAAUGGAUCGAAGAGUUUGGGUCCUGCUGAAAACCCCCAGCAUCAGUCUUUUAAGUAAUGAUGUUCAGAGGGUAGUGAGUCAUUCAGGUGGGAAUAGAGAGUACUGGAGAUGUAUCCAUUCAAUAUUGUACAUUGUGUUAAUGUUGUAAAAAGGUGGCUCAACUUGAUCAUUCCUUACAAAUGAUGACAUUUCUAACUUGUGUUAAUGAUCCUGAAAUCUUCAUCAUGUAGCUGUGAGACAAAGUUUCCUGCGACACACUGACAGAUGUUUUAAGUUACUUUCUCAAGUGUUAUAGUUCUUUGUACCAUUGUAUCUGACAAUGAGAUGCUCAGCGAACUGCCAAUCAAUGUCAAAUGUUUUGUUUUCCAUUUUUGAAUGCAUUUUAUUUUAUUUUAAACAGUUUGGUUCUCUCACAUUUUUUAAUUUAACGCUAACAAGAUAUUUAUGUAAAUAAAGUUGACAAUGAUUGUACUAUAAAACUGUUAUAUUCA